AUGUUUUGUAAUUUAUAUAUUUAUAUAAUAUAUUUUUUUUUAAUAAUUCUUUUAUGUUUUAAAACUUCUAGUAUAUUAAUUGACUGUUUUAUUAUAAAAAAUAAAAACAUAAUAUUAACUAAGGAAAAAAAAAUAUACAAAAUAAAACUUAAAAAUUACAAUAUUUUCAGUAGUUUUAAAAGGAAAAGAAACUAUACAUAUCCUAUAUAUUAUAAUUAUAAAUUACAAUACCCAUUUAACAAUAAUGUUUUAAGUAAAAAUAAAAAAAAAUUCAUAGAUAAAAUAUUUUAUCCUAAAAAGAAAAGAAAAAAUGUUAUGUAUUUAUGUAAAGGAAAUUUCACAAAAAAAACAGGAUUGAUGUUAUAUGAUAAAAAUAAAAAUAUGGAUGAUGAAUAUAAAUUAACAGAAUAUAAAAACGAAAAUAAGAAUAUAAGUGAAGAUGAUAGAAUUAUAAAUCCGAAUUUUUAUAAAUAUGGUAAUAAUAAAAAGAAAAAAGAAAAGAUAAUAUUAAUAAUUGGAGUAACAUGUAGUGGAAAAACAAAAUUUAGUAUAGAUUUAUCAGAAGAAUUAUUAAAAUAUAAUAUACAUAGUGAAAUUAUUAGUUCUGAUUCUAUGCAAGUUUAUCAGAAUUUUAAUAUAGGGAUAGCAAAAAUUAAUGAGGAAGAAAAAAGAGAUAUAAAGCAUCAUUUAUUAGAUAUAUGUCAUCAUAAUGAUACAUUUAAUGUUCAUAAAUUUAUUAAUUACACUAUUCCAAUUAUUAAGAAUAUUAAUUAUAAUAACAAAUUAGCUAUAAUAACAGGUGGAACAUUAUUAUACAUUGAAUCUUUAUUAUGGGAAUCUGUAAUAGAUUUAAAAGAUGAAAAAGAUAAAAAAAAAGAAAAACAUGAACAGGAAUGUGAGAAAGAUAAUUAUGAGGACAAAACUAAUGAUGAACUCUACGAAAAAUUAAAAGAAGUAGAUGAAGAAAGAGCUAAUCAAUUGCAUAAAAAUGAUAGAAAACGAAUUUGUAGAAGUCUUGAUAUUUUCUAUACUUAUAACAAAAAACAUAGUGAACUAAUAAAAAUUAAGAAUCAUAAAAAUAAUAAAUUGGAUGAAAUGAGAUAUAUACCAUGUUUUUUUUAUUUAGACUAUGAUAAUGAUGAUACUUUGAAAAAAGAAAUUGAAAAACGGGUUGAUUUAAUGAUUUCAAAAGGGUUACUUGACGAAGUUAUAAAAUUAAAAGAAUUAAACAAAAAUAGAAAUAUCAAAGCAUCUUAUAAAGGAAUAAAUCAAAGUAUUGCAUAUAAAGAAUUUGACGCUUAUAUUGAAAAAAAAAUAAAUAAAAUUAAUGAUGAUAAUUUAUUUAACGUAUGCAAAGAUAAUUUAAUUAGAAAAACAUAUAAAUAUGCGAAAAAACAAAGAAGAUGGAUAUUUAACCGGUUUGUAAAAACUUACCAUAUUCCUUUAAACAAAAUAGAUGUAACAAAAAAUUAUAAGGAGCAAUUAAGUGAAUCAGUACAUACUAUUUUAAAAUUUUUACAUGAUUAA